AAGCCUUUAGGCGUCGCAGUGUGCAGCUAGAAGAGAGGUGGGCAAAGACAAAGCUUUGGGUCGACAAGGAGCUCCGGCACGCCGCGGAAAGAACCCACGACGAACAUUUAAAACGCGGCGGUGGCGACUACUUCACCAGAGAGCGAAUAUAUCAGAAUGGAAAGGAGCCCUACUCCGUCCUGUAUCAGGAGAACGUGGCGGACAUCUUGGACACCGUGCAGGCCGCCGAUAUCACCACGUACCGGGCCGACAUAUUGCGCGCUCUA